AUGGACACCGUUCAAAAAGAGCACAACCGACUGCUCAAGAAGCUGAAAGGCUCGCAGAGUAUUCAAAAUGUGCAGUCUACGAUAGACUUGCUUCAGUCGGCUCGGGAUACGAUCGCAUCUGAUCCAACCCAGGCAUCGAUUACCAUGGCGAAGCUCCAGGAUCCUGUCAAAUCAUCAUUCGAUUCUAUUAACGACAGUCUCAAAGAAAGUCAUAGCAGUCUUAACAAAUACAGCAAAGCGCUAGACAAGUUCUUCAAAGACAGGCCACUUCCGAGCACCGAACAUGACGCCCUUUCCUCCCAAGAACACCUGAUUAAUCGAGCCAUCGCAAUGCACCUUCUACGGGAAGGCCAGUUCUCUGUUGCUGCAACGUUCCUCUCCGAAUUAGCCGAAACGAAAUCCCGAAAUUCACAACAGACGACAGAAUAUAAGCCCGCGAACGAUGCGACGAGCCUCCUCGAUAUUGACGAAGCUCCGUCCGAUCAAGUCCGGAAGCAGUUUGUCAAGAUGUACAACAUACUGCAUGAGCUGAAGGAGAACAAGAACUUGCUGCCGGCCAUCGAAUGGACAAGGGAGAACAGAGACGCUCUUGAGACAAGGGGCAGCAACCUCGAAUUCGACCUGUGUCGGCUACAAUUCGUCUGGCUCUUUAACUGCGAACAAUACCCCGGGGCACCCCUUUCGGCCGGACGGCAAGCGGCUCUGGAAUAUGCCAAGCGCGAGUUUCAUGUCUUUUUGCCUCGAUAUAUGCGGGAAGUGCAGCAAUUGAUAGGAGCGAUGGCGUUUUGCCCGAACUUGCAAAGCUCACCUUACCGGAAUAUCUUCAAUAAUCCGACUGCCUGGAGCGACGUCUCCUUAUCGUUCACGCGCGAGUUCUGCUCACUGAUGGGCCUUUCGGCAGAUUCGCCAUUGUACAUAGCUACUACUGCUGGUGCAAUUGCUCUUCCAACGUUACUGAAGCUGCAGACAAUCAUGAAAGCCAAGCGGACCGAGUGGACAACGCAACAUGAGUUGCCUGUCGAAAUCCCACUUCCACCAUCGUAUCUCUUCCAUUCUAUCUUUGUCUGUCCCGUGUCCAAAGAACAAGCCACUGACCAAAACCCGCCGAUGAUGAUGCCUUGCGGGCAUGUUAUUGCAGAGGAGUCACUCAAGCGGCUGUGCAAGGGCAGCCGGUUCAAGUGUCCUUACUGUCCCAAUGAGAGUCAUCCUCGCGAAGCACGGAAGAUAUUCAUGUAA